AUGUACAAGACUAAGCUACAGGAGGUGUGCCAUAAGAGGCAAUGGGGCUUGCCAAAAUACUCAGCUAUGAAGGAUGGACCUGAUCACACCCCUUGUUUCAAGGCUUCUGUUUAUGUUAAUGGCAUCUCCUUUCAUUCUUCUGCUUCUUGCAAAUCUUCUAAGGAUGCCCAUAAUGAUGCUGCCAAGAUGGCCUUCCUUCACUUCACUUCUCCUCCACCUCCAAGUAAUGAACUUAACACUCAUUCACUCUCACACAUAGAUGACUCUGGCUUUUACAAGAAUGCCUUGCAGGAGUUAGCUCAGAGAGAAGAUCUAUCCAUGCCGGUUUAUAAAAUUAUAAAAUCUGGUGCACUUCACAUGCCGACAUUCUUUUCUUUUGUGGAGAUAGAAGGAGAGAAAUUUUAUGGCAAAGCGGGAAAAUCCAAGAAAGAGGCAGAGUUGAAAUCUGCAAGAGCUGCUUAUACUGUUCUGAAGGAGCGUGCACUGAACAGGAAUGCAGAGUCAGAUCCCCCAAAUUUUUCACCAGAUGAAACUCUCAACUCUACUCCUGGCUUAGACAUGACCACAGCUGAAAAUCUGCAACAGCACCUCAAACAAAAUGGUCAAUUAUCAUCUCCAGUCAUUGUUGAUGAAGAACAUUCUGCAGAAACUAAAGACAUCAUAUCACUCAAAUAUGAUGCAGUUCAAGAGGUAAACUUCGCUGAUCCUAAAUCAGGCAAUGCCAAAGCUGGGCCUGAGGAUUCCAUACUGUCACCAUCACCUGAAAAACCUGCUAUUGUUGAAGUGAUUGGAAAUCAGGAAUCAUCCUCUUGUUCUGAAUAUGUUCCUACCUCAUCACCAGAAGGCUCAUCUUCCUUUACCUGGACACAUAACAGCAGUUCCGCUCCCACAAUUUCUGACUCAAAUGUGAGGAAGGCUACAAGACCACGAAGCUACUUACUUUGCAACAGGGUCAGGGUGUAUCCAUGCUAUCCAGACAUUGCUUUACCAAAUGGCAUCACUGUGAUGCCAAUUAGCGACAACCAAUGGGUGGCUGUGAGCUUGGAGUUCCCAAUGGAACAAGGUUAUUGAUUCAGUGCAAUUGAUAGAUCACUUUCUCCCUAGAAUAUAAUUAUCACCUUGUACUGAGCACUGCCAAA